AGACCAGUCCGAAUGACUGGUUGUUAACUGCGCCAAAUGGCAGCCUAUAUAGAACACCCGAGUAACAAUGCUUGAUCACGGGCAUCUUUGCAGUGCUUUGCUCGAGGCACAUUGCAGCAUCACUGGAAAUCGAUCGAUCUUAACGAACGGAAUGGCGUCGCUCGUCAAUGCCACCGCCGCUCUCCAAGACGAAGGCCCGGCCAGCAACACCAUCCGCGCCACCUUAACCAUCGCCCUGGUGGCAGCGGUGAUCGCGUGGUGGGCGAUCGCCAAGAGCCGCUAUGGUCUCAAGAAUCUCCCGCCGGGUCCGCGAGGCCUCCCGAUCAUCGGCCACUUCCAUCUCAUCGGCCGCCUCCCACACGUCUCGCUCCAGCAGCUCUCCGCCAACUUUGGCCCGCUCAUGUCCCUGCGCUUUGGCUUCGUCCCGGUGGUGGUGGUCUCCAGCCCCGCCAUGGCGCGCGAGUUCCUCAAGACCCACGACACCGCAUUCGCGGAUCGCCCCUACAAGAUCGCCGCGAACUUCAUCUUCUACGGGCAGCGCAGCAUCUCCUGGUCCUCGUACGGCGAUCACUUCAAGAAGGCGCGCAAGCUCUGCGCCACCGAGCUCUUCACCGCGCGCCGCGUCACCUCCUUCACGCACAUCAUCCGGGACGAGCUCUGGAAGCUCAGCGGGGAGCUCCGCGCGGCGUCGGCGAGCGGCGAGGUUGUCAAGCUCCGGAGGUGUCUCCGAGGCCUGAGCUUCAACCUCAUGACCCGGAUCCUGAUGAAGAAGGUCUACUUCGGCCCCGGCGCCUCCACCGACGAGAGCGCGCUGCAGGAGGCCAAGGAAUUCGUCAACAUCAUCGACAGCGUGCUCACCGUGGGCGGCGCCUUCGCCAUCACCGAUUUCUUCCCCGGGACGAAGUGGCUCGACUGGACCGUCCCUGCCGCCAAGGCCGCCAGCGACAAGCUCGAUAGCUUCCUCACCAAAGUUCUCGACGAGCAGCGCCCCGGCGAGGUCCCCGAUUUCGUGGCCCUCACGAAGUCAUACUUCGAUGGCCCCGACCAGAUGAAAUACACCAAGGCACUCCUUGUGGACAUGUUUCUGGGAGGAUCUGAAACGUCAUCCACAGUCGUGGAGUGGGCUAUGGCGGAGCUCCUCCACUAUCCCAAAGUCAUCGCCAAGGCACAGGAAGAGCUCGAGAGAGUUGUGGGACGAGAGCGCAUGAUCGAGGAGUCGGACUUGCCCAAGCUCGAGUACUUUAACGCCGUGACCAAGGAGGUGUUUCGGCUCCAUCCCCCGCUCACCAUGAUGGUCCCUCACACCACCGCUCAAAACCAGAAAGUCGCGGGCUACGACAUCGCCAAGAACUCGAUGAUCUUCGUCAAUGUCUUCGCCAUCGGCCGCGACCCGAGCGUGUGGAGCAAUCCCCUCGAGUUCAACCCCGACAGAUUCAUGGGCACGAGCUUCAACGUGCACGGCCACGACUUCGAGCUCCUCCCGUUUGGAUCCGGCAAGCGGGGAUGCCCGGGCCUUCCACUCGGCCUCCGCAACGUCCAGCUCGUUCUCUCCAACUUGCUCCACGGAUUCGACUGGAGCUACGCGGGCGACAUCGAGAAGCACCAGAUGACCGAGGCUAUGGCGGUGGUCAACUUCAUGGAGCACCCGAUUAACGUGAGAGUGUCGGCGCGCCUCGAGGAUGCCACAUACAAAACGCUGUCAAUCAAUACAUAGUCAAUCGCGCUGCAACGAAUAUAAAAAUCUCCAGCCAUUACUCUCACGACCGGUAAUAAAAUACCCUAUCUAGA